CCAGGAGGAGCUACUCCAGGUUGCCAUGAGAGAGACCUUGGAGGCCCUUGGCUCCAUGGGAUUCUCUGUGGGACAGCCAGAGAUGGCCCCCCAAAGUGAGCCCAGGGAAGGGUCCCAUAAUUCCCAGGAGCAGACAUCCUCUUCCAGGGAAGAGAGAGCACUGGGCAUGUGCUCAGGGCACGAGGCCCCCAGGCCAGAGGAAGUUACCCACACUGAACAAGCUGAGGCUCCCUGCAGAGGAGGCCAGGCGUGCACACCACAGAAGGCUGAGCCUGAGGGCUCCUGCCCAGGGGAGGAGUGGAUGAUUCGGAAGGUGAAAGUGGAGGAUGAGGAUCAGGAGGCAGAAGAAGAGGUCGAAUGGCCCCAACAUUUAUCCUUACUUCCCAGCUCUUUCCCCGCACCUGACCUGGGGCAUCUGGCUGCCACAUACAAGCUGGAGCCGGGGGUCCCAGGAGCACUGGGUGGGCUCGCUCUGUCCGGGUGGGCCCCGAUCCCCGAGAAGCCCUACGGCUGCGGGGAGUGCGAGCGGCGCUUCCGGGACCAGCUGACGUUGCGGCUGCACCAGAGGCUGCACCGGGGCGAGGGCCCCUGCGCCUGCCCGGACUGCGGCCGCAGCUUCACGCAGCGCGCCCACAUGCUGCUGCACCAGCGCAGCCACAGCGGCGAGCGGCCCUUCCCGUGCUCCGAGUGCGACAAGCGCUUCAGCAAGAAGGCCCACCUGACCCGCCACCUGCGCACGCACACGGGCGAGCGGCCCUACCCAUGCGCAGAGUGCGGCAAGCGCUUCAGCCAGAAGAUACACCUGGGCUCGCACCAGAAGACCCACACCGGCGAGAGGCCUUUCCCCUGCACGGAGUGUGAGAAGCGCUUUCGCAAGAAGACGCACUUGAUCCGGCACCAGCGCAUCCACACGGGCGAGAGGCCCUACCAGUGCGCGCGGUGCGCACGCAGCUUCACGCACAAGCAGCACUUGGUGCGCCACCAAAGGGUGCACGAGCCGGCCGGCCGGGCCCUGCCCUCUCCCGACUCUCCCGCCUCGCCCCAUUCCCCCGCCCCGUCCCCUACUCCGUCACCUCCAGGGCCGAAGCCUUUCUCCUGCUCCGACUGCGGGCUGAGCUUCGGCUGGAAAAAGAACCUCGCCACGCACCAGUGUCUGCAUCUCAGCGAGGGUCGCCCGUUUGGGUGCGACGCGUGCGCGCUGGGCGCCACCGUGGACCCCGCCGCCGCCGAGCCCUUAGCCUGCGCGCCCCGAGGGCCGGACUGCGGCCCAGGAUCGGGCCCGGCGGCGCCCCAGCGCGCCCCCUCCGGCCAGAGGCCUUUCUUCUGCCCGGACUGCGGGCGCGGCUUCGCCCACGGGCAGCACCUGGCGCGGCACCGGCGCGUGCACACCGGCGAGCGGCCCUUCGCCUGCGCGCAGUGUGGCCGCCGCUUCGGCUCGCGGCCCAAUCUCGUCGCCCACUCCAGGGCCCACAGCGGCGCCAGGCCUUUCGCCUGUGCACAGUGUGGCCGCCGCUUCAGCCGCAAGUCGCACCUGGGCCGCCACCAGGCGGUGCACACGGGCAGUCGCCCCCACGCCUGCGCCGUCUGUGCCCGCAGCUUCAGCUCCAAAACCAACCUGAUCCGCCACCAGGCCAUCCACACGGGCUCCCGCCCCUUCUCCUGCCCGCACUGCGGCAAGAGCUUCAGCCGCAAGACCCACCUGGUGCGGCACCAGCGCGUCCAUGGCGAUGCCGCCCACCCGGCCCCCGACGCUGACCUCUCGGCCGCAGCCUGGCCCGCUCCCGCCGAGGUGGCCCCGCCCCCGCUCUUCCUCUGAGCCUCGUUCUCGCGGGACCCUAACUUUGCUGUCCCUUGCUCACUGUUUGAGAGACCCGAGCCGCGAGACCUGCUGGGCGGGUGAGCAGGCAGUAUCCGGGCGAGAAGCGCGCAGAGCAGCCCGGGGCGCUGACACGCCGUGACCGAGUGCGCGAGCGAGAGUGGCCCUUGCCAGGAACAGCAAAGGCCUAAGUCCUUGGCAGACUCCCACCCAGAUGCCCCCUCGGAGAGCAGACA